GGGUCCACCAAUUACGCCCAAAAACACCAAAAUCCACUUACAAAUGUCACGAUGAGAGAAAGCGAUAUGGCCUAUUUUGCUUCGUCGGGUUCCCUCCGCCGAUUUUAUCAGACGACUGGAGCUAUUAUCUGCUAGUAACCGGCUGAACAAAACGCCUCAUGAGGCUAUUGAGAGAUAUCCGAGCGGUCUUUGCCGUAGCUAAGAUGAGUAUGCCCCUUGUAGUUUCGACGAUGACCAUAUAAUACCGAUCUCCUUCCCAUUUCUUCCCGCUUUUACUGUUUUGCUUGUCUCUUUUGCGCUCAUCCAGUCACUCAUUCAUGAUGCGUUCUAUCCUGGCAUUGGCGGCCCUCGCCACCGUCGACUUCGUCGCGGGAAGCGCCUGUAAGCCCAAGUCCAGUAAUACCAUCCCUACGAUCAUUUCAUCAUCUAUCGAAUCAACAAGCUCAGCGACCGCUACAAGUGUCGUCACUCUCCCUCGAGUGCGAAAUUUGGCCACUAAUGGAAAUAUGGCCGAGAUCGAUCCCAAUAAUCCUCUUUCUGUUCCUGGUUGGGAAGUUGAUGGUGACGGUCGUAUUGUCGGGGGUGCUGGGCGUGAAGAGCCUGGAAGUACUGAGCGAGGCUGCGCUGCGAUGAGUGCUUCGAAUACCGGUGAUGGAAAGCGUGCUUUGGGGAUUUCUGUUAGUAUCUCGCAGACAAUGUCCAACUUGGAUCUUUCGACGCCCUACACCAUUCGCUUCUACUACCUUGUCGUUACAUCGCCUGCGGCCAUCAACCUCUGCCAAUUGACGGGCUAUCUCGGCGGUUCCGUCUUCUACCAGAACUGGGUAUUCAGCACUGGUACAGCCGUGUCUUGGAACGAGGUCCUCCAGGCUGUCACUCCGGCACAGGUCAAUGCUCCUCUCCGCAUCGCGAUGAACUGUCUUAUUGGUGGUGGAGCGACUGUGCUUGUUGACUCUGUAUUCAUCUCCAACGCUGUCACGCCACAGAACAUCAACGACUUUGCUGUCAACUUUGGCAAUACCGGUACUGGUGCGAACCCUCCUCUUGAUCCCCCUCUGGUUGGUCCGCAGACGACCACUAGCUCUCCUCAGCAGGAGACUACGUCUGCUACUCAAGAGCAAGAGACUACGUCCAUCUCCCAGAAGCCAGAAACUACGUCUGCUGCCCCAGUACAAUCCACCGAGACAGGAACCACUGGUCAACAGAACCAGGCAACUUCAACUCAGCCUGCUUCACAACAGACCUCAACUGGUAACUCCGAUGUCGAGACUACUAGCAAACCGGUCUCUGAAGUUCAGACCUCAACUGUGCCUGUUGUAGGCACAACCAGCACAGCACCUGAGCAACCAUUCUGCUCCAAGGCUCUCAAUGGAGGCUGCUGGUGGAAGCGUCCUGACAAUGGCAACGACAUGGUCAACUGUGCCAGCCGAGGUUCCUGGCCCGGGUCCACUGGACAGGGCCGUCUUGUUCCUCGCCCCGAUAACUACCCUCUGCCCUUGAGUCAGCUUUGGUGCUUGGGCUGGUGCUCUCUCUCCCCUGGCUGCAAGUCCGUUGCGUUCAUCCCCGAGGACCGAACAUGUCGCUUCUCAGAACAUGAAGUUCAGGAUUCUGACUUUAUUCCUGGUCCUGAUCCUAAUAUCGACACUGAGGGCGUGUUUUACUGGCAUGAUCUUUCUUGCUUUAACUGUCCUUGUAACGACGAACCUGCCCCUACCUCUGUUGCAACAACCACUCAGUCCAGUGAACCUACCGAACUGGCUAAACUGCCUGCUGCAUCAACCUGCCCCAAGUCCCUUGACGACGGUUGCCAGUGGAACGAGAGGUCCCAGGGCGGUAGUCUCCCAUCCUGCGCCUAUCGUGGUCGAUGGCCUGGAAGCGACGGUGCUGGCUUUGCUAUUGAGCAGCCCCGCGACUAUCCUAUGGCUUUGAGUCAGAUGUGGUGCGUUGCCUGGUGCUCGCUCUACCCUGGUUGCAAGUCUGCAGCUUGGAUGCCCAGUGACCGAUCCUGUCGCUUCUCCACGCACCAAGUCUCAGAUGAUGACUUCGUCAUGGCUGAUGAUCCCAACCAGGAUUCCGUCGAGGAUGGCAUCUACUACUGGCACGACCUCGACUGCAUGACUUGCCCGUGCCGUGACGACCCUGCCAGCGAGACCACCUCUUUGAUUCCUGCAGAGUCUACCACUCUCGUCCGCGCUGUCACACCCAAGCCAAAUACCGCCGUAUCUAUCACGGCCACUACCCAAGCUGUCACAGGAACCCCAACACCUGGUCCCGUGGAGCAGCCCUGCGACUGGUCCUUCGGCCAGGGUAUCUGUCAGCGACCUUUCGAGAAGGAGCAAGGUCCCUGCGGUGGAAGACUCAUGAUUGUCAACCCAUCACAGUACAGAAAGCUACCGCUUGACUGGAAGCCCACAAUCACAGAGCCUGUCCAAUGUGCUAUCAUGUGUCACACUAACCCUGAUUGUUACGCUUGGGGUUUUGAGUGGAGCACGAACAUGAACUGUGUUCUUUCUCUUGGACAAACGGAAGUUGAUCAACUGGAGGUUGUUUCUUCGGGACCUCAGUAUCGUUGGUACUCUCAUACAUGUUGGGAGUGUAGGGACUGUGUUACUCAGUGGAACUGGUCUUGGGAUGCUGAGCCUGCUGGAAACUAAGAAGGUUAGACUAUAGUUAAACGGCGCUGAUUAAACCUGUACUAUUAAUAUAUUAAUUUGUUCAGCGGAGUGGAAAUCUAACACGAUAUGUGAAU